AAACAGCUGAGUGUUUAAUUUAAAAUAAAGAGCAACUAAACAACUAUAAUAUUUAACUCAGCUGUUAGAUGGAAAUAGAUUAAUCUUUUGCCAAGAAAUAUAUUAGUUUAAGCAUUUUCCUGUAAAAAAAAAGAGUCAGACGUCUAUCACAUACUCCAAUACAGUACUGCAAUCACAAGGAAGUUCAAAUUAACACGAAAUCACACAACAUUAAAGGCUCUUUCUGAAAAUUUUCAUUCCGGCAAAGACAAAUAAAUUAACUGCAAUGGACGAAAUUUUGCUUCCAACAACUACAGUGACAACCACACCAACAACAACUUCAAAUGCACUGAAAAACACCGAGCACGAUGAAGUUGAUUUAAAGUUAUUCGACAAAGCCAUGAACAGUAGUGAGACAGACAAUCGCGGAGACAAUAAUGAUAAUAGUGAUCAUUCUGGCGAUGAGGGUGUUAGUAAAAUAUCCAGGCUGGACAUGAAGGAUGCCAAAAUGGAGGGUGCAGAUUUAAACGAUGAUACAAGAUCCAAGAAACAGAAAACAAAAAAAGAAAUGGAGGAAGAGGAGCGGGAGAAAAUGCAAGUGCUUGUGUCCAACUUUACUGAAGAGCAGCUCGAUCGCUACGAGAUGUAUCGGCGUUCAGCUUUCCCCAAAGCGGCUGUGAAACGUCUUAUGCAAACAAUAACCGGAUGCUCGGUAUCACAAAAUGUGGUGAUUGCAAUGUCAGGUAUUGCCAAAGUGUUCGUGGGUGAAAUUGUGGAAGAAGCUCUCGAUGUUAUGGAAGCUGCUGGCGAGACGGGUGCUUUGCAACCGAAAUACCUACGCGAAGCUGUGCGUCACUUACGACAACGUGGCCGUAUGCCCAUCGGGAAAUUUCAAAAACCAUAUUUUCGCUUGAACUGAACGCUGCAUUUAUAACAAAUAGUUAUUAAGUAAUUUUAAAAUUUAGUGGUAUAAAUCUUGAGGCGAAGGUCACGACAGUCGGUUCUACGUAACCGGAACGACCCGGAUUUAAAUCCCGCCAAGGACUGUCGUUUCAGCCGCAUUCCCCGUAUAUGCAUGGGGAAUGUUUAUGCUGCUAUAACAACAAGCCGAAGUUAUUUAUUUAAAACUAUCACUCUUACAACAACAAAUCAAGUAAUUGAUUUCAAACCAAAUUUUAAAUAUAUUUUAAAAUAAUUUUGUGUCUUUAUUUGCAUAUUAUAUAAAAAUGUGUUUCUCUAUAUAAUUGUUUGCAAAUCUUAGUUUUUUAAUCGUAAGCCUAAUGUACAAAACUAAAAGCACACCCUGUAAAAUUUCAGAAAUACACAUCAAAAUGAAUCCAAAUUUAAGUUU